AUGGCUUCUGAGAAAGAAGCUACUCUUCUUGUUGUUCCUUCUGAUGCUCCCUCCAUAUUUGACAAGAUCAUUAAGAAGGAAAUUCCAGCAGACAUUGUACACGAAGAUGACAAGGCCAGGAAUGGCUUAACUAGACUUUCCAAGGCUGAAGAAAAGCACCGUGACAUUCUUGGUCAACUUCUUUACACAAUAAAGCUUGUAGCCAAACAGGAAGGUCUUCUCGAGAAUGGAUUCAGACUCGUGAUCAACGAUGGAAGAAGAAGCAUUAAGGAUAAUGUUAUAUAA